GUGAGGCAGUGUUUCACUGUGAUUUUAACGAGUUUAUGAUCUUAGUCGAGAUGAAUGAGUACAGAAACAUUCUAACUGGAGAAUCAGCAAGUGCAUUUAAAAAACUGAUCGGCAGAUUUUACUGGGCAGACGGUAAUAUUGUUGUGAAACAUCUGAUUGCAGUACACGAGCGAUUCUGUGGGACAGAUUGUACACUAGAGAGGUCUAAGAAAGGUCUGCAAGAGUCAGAGAAAGGAAACCUGGGUAUCAGUCCAGAAGAAUCAAAUGUAGUUAGUCCACAAAGAUCAGAGGCAGUACAGAGAGUUGAAGAAUGCCAUACAUCAUCAGAAAAUCCUGAAAAAUCCAUCUGUUUACACAUGGAAGUGGAAGAUGGAACAGAGUCAGUGGAUGAUGAUAGCAGUGGAGAAAGUGAAUCUGAUACCAAAAGUGGAGAGAAGAUGGACUUAUGUAACAAGAACAGUAACUCUGAUACAGAAAGUGGAGAGAAUCAACCCCCUAAACGAUUUAAAGCAUCAGCAGAAAAUAGCAAAAGGACCAUGCAAUGGGGAAUAAAGAUAUUUCAAGAUUGGCAUGAAGAAUGUUUUAAUGAGGAAUUGGACUUGAGACUUGUUACUCCAGCUAUUCUAUCCAAUCUUCUGUGUAGAUUUUACUGUGAGGUCAGGCCUAAACCUACAUGUAGUAAUCCACAGGAGACUUUUUAUCAGAGGAAGACACUAUUGGGCAUCCGAUCUGCCCUUAAUCAUCACCUUUCAGAUCUGGGAAGACAGAUUGAUAUCGUAAAAGGAGAAGAAUUCCAUAAACCAAAUGGAAUAUUGGAAGGGCUUUUUAGUAUGAGAAUAAGGCUAGGAUUAUCGAAAGCAGCAGGGCAUGCAAAGCUGAUGGAUCGAGGUGACCUGGAGAAAAUUUCUAUUCACCUUCAAGGUGCCUAUAAGUCCCGUGUGAUCUUGCGUCAAGCUGUGUGGUAUUUAUUUUCUAUACAUUUUGUUACCCGCAGUACAAGAUUUCAUCAGCAUUUAAAAAUAAAUAGUUUUGAGUUCCAAACAGAUGAAAAUGGUGAAUAUGCUAUAGUUAAAAAUGAAACUUUGGAAAAAAAACAUAGUGACCACAGAGUAUUGGGGGCCCAUAUACACAAACGGAUAUACGCUCUGGAGUCAGAUAAUGGAAUCUGCCCAGUGAAACUCCUUAAACUGCUUAUCAAGAAAACAGACAAUAAUGCAACACUGUUCUUCAAUCAGUACAGCAAAGAAAUUUCGUUAGGCGCUGAAAAAUGGUAUUCAGCUUCUCCAUUACAAAGGACAACGUUUACAUCAAUUUUGCCUAAGUUGUGCAGGGAUGCAGGUGUCAACAAGAAGUAUUCUUUUCAGUGCCUAAGAGAGACUGCGAUCACUUACGUAAACGACCAAGGACUUGAUCCACAACAUGUGAUGAAUAUAGCUCAACUCCAUGAUAAGGAUGUUACAUAAUAUAACAGGGCUUUGGCUUCUCAUAUGAUGACCUUCAGCAAUACGCUUUCUGGCAAUUGCAGAAAAAGCACGUUUAACGGUCACAAGUACAAAUGUAUAACUAGUUGUGAACCUAAAUGCUUACUGGAUAUAGUUAUUACAAAUACCAUCCACCAAACAUUUUCCAAAACUGGUAGCGAAUGAACAUUUACUGUUAUAUAUAAGGUGAAUGGAAAAGAUCCAAAUACUUUUGAAGCAGUUGAUACACACUUAAUCACAAAUUAUCUGGAUAAUCAAAUGAUAUAUGGCUCAUGUUUGUGAAUACUAGUGUACAGUGUGCUAUACAUGGUAACCUUUACAUGUCAUCAUAUUACAUUUACAGGAAGUAUGGUGUAGUAGUAGAUAAAUUGACAGUUAUGUAUUAUUUGUGUUAAAUAAUUUUAUAUCAAUAUCAAAUUUAUCACUUGUGUACAAACUUAUCCAAAAGUGAUAGUAAAUUGAAAAUGUUUCAAAACAGUUAAAAUAUACACCAUAUGAUGUACACUAAAACUGCUAUCUAUUCAGUUUCUUUGUAAAGUCAUUUGAAAAAAAACAACUAAUUGUCUAAUUAAUUGUAACUA